AUGACUGUCUAUAUAAAUAUGGAGGAAACAUACCGCUCCAACUAUCCAAGCAACCAUGUCUCCCGAGUCCUCACAGCCGAUCCUACUCAAGGUCAGGUUGAUCCUUUGGAUCUCCCUUACCGUCAGGUGACCGAGAACGCCAACAUGGAGGAAUACACGACGGAAACCACCACUGGAGAGAUCAUCAAGCCAGUCCGGUCCGCUGCUACAGGGAAAACUGAAGACUGGAAGCUGGUAACCUUCAGUAUCGACGAUCCCGAAAAUCCGAAGAAUUGGUCCAAAGCCUUCAAAUGGUAUUGUACCAUGGUGGUUUCGUUCACAUGCUUUGUCGUCGCUUUUGCUAGUAGCGUCAUCACAGCCGAUAUUGAAGGCCCUGCAGAACAGUUCGGCGUUUCUCGAGAAGUUAGCCUUGUUGCUGUUACUGUUUUUGUCAUCGGCUUUGGUGUUGGUCCCAUGGCUUUUGCUCCCCUGUCUGAAAUGGUGGGCCGGCGGAUUAUAUACGCAUCCACACUUUUCUUAGCUGUCAUAUUCAUUAUUCCCUGCGCCGUCGCUCCAAAUAUUGGAACCCUCAUCGUCUGCAGAGCCAUUGAUGGGAUCGCAUUCAGUGCUCCAAUGACGCUAGUGGGUGGUACUUUGGCGGAUCUUUGGAAAAAUGAAGAACGAGGCGUUCCAAUGGCAGCAUUCUCAGCCAGCCCAUUUAUUGGGCCUGCUAUUGGACCACUAGCUGGUGGAUUUCUUGCAGAUGCUACUAACUGGAAAUGGCUUUACUGGUUGCAGUUGAUCCUGGCAUUUGUUGCUUGGGUGCUGAUCACUUUCACGGUUCCGGAGACGUAUGCGCCAACUCUCCUUAAGAGGAGAGCGAAGAAACUGAGAAAGCAAGAAGACGACCCUAGCUACGUAACAGAAACGGAACUAGAUUCUCGACCUAUGGGCGAGAAGUUGCGAGUUUUCCUCUUCCGCCCGUUCCAGCUUUUGUUUCUGGAACCAAUUGUUCUGUUCAUCGCGCUUUACAUGUCGGUUCUAUACGGUUUACUAUACAUGUUCUUCGUUGCCUAUCCUGUGGUAUAUCAAUCUGGGAAAGGAUGGAGUGCCGGCUCGACCGGCCUAAUGUUCAUCCCACUCGCCAUUGGCGUACUUAUGAGUGCGGCCUGUGCGCCUUUUGUCAAUAAACACUACCUAUCUCUUUAUGCUAAGUACGGAGGAAAGCCCCCAGCUGAAGCUCGAUUGAUUCCGAUGAUGGCUUCUUGUUGGUUUAUACCCAUCGGUCUAUUCAUUUUCGCUUGGACCUCAUAUCCCACUAUCCAUUGGAUUGGACCUGCAAUUGGAGGUUGGCCUGUUGGAUUUGGCUUCAUCUUCUUGUAUAAUUCAGCCAACAACUAUCUGGUGGAUACGUAUCAGCAUCAAGCCGCUUCUGCACUUGCCGCAAAGACAUUCCUUCGUUCAAUGUGGGGUGCAUCUACUGUACUCUUUACUGAGCAGAUGUACGAUCGCCUUGGGUACCAAUGGGCAAGCUCGUUGCUCGCUUUCAUUGCCCUAGCUUGCUGCGCGAUCCCGUAUGUCUUCUACUUCAAGGGGGCAUCCAUUCGACGAUUUUCGCGUUAUGCCUUCAGCGACGACGAAGAGAAUGGUGAGAAGAGCUAA